AGGAGUGCGGUUGUGGGUGCGAGCGGGACUGCAAUCUGCAUCGGAUGGUGUGGAGGUUGCAGUGUCGUAGUCUCCCGAACAGUUCACCGGAUUGUUGUUUAUCUUUAGCGAAUGAACAGGAAUUGUCGACUUUAAACUACUUUGCAAUACAGUAAAAGACUUGGUCGCCAUCAAAGCAUUUAGGAAAAUUGAAGAAAAGACAAAGGGCGCAAAUGGAACUGGAGCAACCACGGACGGAGCACGGAUAUAUCCGUUAAGCUAGUUAGCAAGCCAACUAGCCUGCUGCUAGCUUUACAAAUUGGAACACGAGGAACAAUCAACUGGCUAUGACUGAUAAUGAGGAAAGGACAGUCAAAUUAUAACCCAGAAGGAAUUAUUGAGAAUCAAUCAAAUGUUUUAGCUACGCUUUUUAACUUACGAAAGUAUUUGAAUGAAAUGGAUGCGUUCUGUACAAUUGCUCAACAACAAUAGUUAGCCGGCUAGCUAGCUAAGGUUACUUGCAUGUUGAGUUGGGAAGCUAUCCAUUUAGCCAAAUAACGUUACGUCAUCUGUACAGUAGUUAACCAGACAGACAGGCAACUACAACAAGGUGGAUGAACUGUCAACUUCGUGGGGGUGUUCGUGACGUUAACGUUAGUUGACUGGGUAGCCUAUUAUUCCUCCUUCAGCUUGUUUGGCACAGUUUAGUAUUACACAUGACAGAAGUGAACAUGGGAGUGUUAUAGGACAAUGGAUAUAGUUAGCUACCCGUUUGUUAGUACCGUUGGGAAGAAGUGACAACCGAUAUCUCAGGUACAGUUUAAGCGUUGGACCACAAUGCAUUAGGUCUGACGUGCUGCAUUCGGACAUAGGGAUCUCUUUGGUUUUACUGGACCGCUUGCUAACAAUAACUUUAUGACGCGGGCUCAGUCCAUUAUUUCAUUUUUGACUGACCACGCAGAUCAGUUUCCCUAAAGAGUCCACAGCUCUCAUACCAUGGCAGCGGUUGUCAACUACUCACCGCCGUGGUGGGUCAACCUGCUACACCGACUCCCUCAUUUCAACCUUCAAUUCGAACAGACAAGCAGUGAUUUUCGCCCGGAGGACUCGUCAUAUCAACAGUCCAUCCUGCUGCUGGGAGGCGUGGCUCUAGCCUGCCUGGCCCUGGACCUCCUCUUCCUGCUCUUCUACUCCUUCUGGCUGUGCUGCCGGCGGAAGAAGAGCGAGGAGCAGCCCAACGCCGACUGCUGCUGCACCGCCUGGUGUGUCAUCAUCGCCACGCUCGUCUGCAGCGCCGGCAUUGCUGUUGGUUUCUAUGGGAACGGCGAGACCUGUGACGGAGUGAACAGGCUGACGUACUCCCUGCGCCACGCCAACCGCACGGUGGCAGGAGUGCAGAAACUGGUAUCAGACAGCACGGGCUCCCUGAAGCAGACGGUGGAUGGCAGUCUGGGGCAGCUGGAGGGCCAGUACGCCAAGCACACAGACUAUCUGUCUAUCAUCCAGAAGGUGCAGGGCCAGCUGGAUGAGCUGGUGAGGCAGAUGGUGGAGAUCCCCUUCUGGGGCAACAGAGACAUCUCCCUGGAGGAGCUGGCUGUCAACAUCGAGCUCUACGACUGGUACAGGUGGCUGGGAUACUUAGGACUGCUGCUUUUCAACAUCCUCAUCUGCCUGCUGGUGCUGUUUGGCCUCAUUCGCAACUCCAAGGGAACACUUAUUGGAGUGUGUCUUCUGGGCAUCCUGGCUCUGGUCAUCAGCUGGGCCUCUCUGGGUCUGGAGUUGGCUGUGUCUGCCACCUCCAGUGACUUCUGCGUUGCUCCUGACAUGUUUGUCACCCAAAUGACCGAACAGUAUGGAGUGCUCAAUAAAGACAUUUUGCAGUACUACAUGACAUGCAGUGUGGGCCAAACCAACCCAUUCCAACAGAAGUUGUCCGGGAGCCACAAAGCCUUAGUGGAGAUGCAGGACGACGUGUCUGAGCUGCUCCGCUCGGCCACCAGAGAGUACCCCCAAACCAAGGGGGAUCUAGAACAGAUCCAGGGGGUGCUGAACACCACAGAGAUCGGCCUGCAUCAGCUCACUGCCCUGGUGGACUGCCGAAGCCUUCACAUGGACUAUGUCCAGGCUAUAACAGGGUUGUGUUAUGAUGGACUGGAGGGCCUGAUCUACCUGGUGCUCUUCUCCUUCGUCACGGCUCUCAUGUUCAGCUCCAUCGUCUGCAGCCUACCUCACACCUGGAACAACAAGAGGAACGAGGCGGACAGCGAGGAGGAGUCCAUGGCCCACGGAGGCAGACUGCAGAACCAUGACAACCUGUACCGCGUCCACAUGCCCAGCCUGUACAGCUGUGGCAGCAGCUACGGCAGCGAGACCAGCAUCCCUGCUGCAGCACACACCGUCAGCAACGCCCCUGUCACGGAGUACAUGACCCAGAAUGCCAAUGCCUUCCAGAACCCGCGGUGUGAGAACACCCCACUGAUAGAGAGAGAGUCCCCUCCUCCCUCGUACACCUCCAGCAUGAGGGCCAAGUACCUGGCCAACAGCGGACCGGGUCCCAGUACCUCCACCCCUGUUCCUCCACAGCACCCAUCACAGCACCAAGAACACGACUCUGCACACCACUCACGACAGCACACUCCACACCGCCCACCACAUCACCCAGCGGCACAGCUCUAGACAACACCGGGGGCGUGACCCACCAACAGACACACCAGUGUGGAACCACCUAGCCUCUGGAACUUCUUCUUCAAUGCCCCUCAACAUCUCUGUGACGUCUUCUCCAUCAUCAUCCAGGCUACAGUCUCAAUCUCCUUUCCUCUUCGCUCUUACUAGCCCUCUCCCCCAGCAACUUCAAACAUCUGAGCCCAAUAUGUCUUUUGAAGUGUGCUUGAUGGCAGAGCUAAGGAAGGAACGCGCAAGGCAGACGCAUCAUGUAAAUAGUUCUGUCGUCAUUACAACGUUUUCCGUAGGCCCUUUCAUGAUGUUUCCAGAUGGCCAGUCUGGGCUGGGCCACAGCAGAGCAGCUAGCCAGUGCAUGGUGAGAGCCAGUGGGAGGUUAUUUCCAGCAUCGUGUGAUCACUGCCAUCUGCUUCAUGGGCUGCUAGUGGACUGACUGAGUGGUGGCCCUUGUUCCCCUGCUACCCCCUACCACCGCCUCGCCUCAGUGCUGGGCCAUCCUCGUGGCCCAGGGACAAUACAGACUAAUGAGGCAACUGGCCUCCAGCUCUUCAUGAACGAUCUCUGCUUCUUUUCCUCUCCUCUGUCUGCUCAGUCCACCAAAUAUCAUCUUGAACGGAGUGAUAAUGUCUUAUGUGAGGAUAUGUUGCUCAAACAACAUCUUUUGGUUUUAUUUGUCUGCCACUUUUGGGGUCUCCCUGUAUUUGAUAUUGUAUGAAGGAGACAUCCACCAUCAAAUGGUCACCGUGUUAACCACUGCAGAAAGCACUAGUUAUGGUGCUGUGAAGGAGAGAACACCUGACUAGAUAAUGAAACUAAAGUGCCAUUGCUUUGGUGAGGACUGAGACCGUUAUGGGAAUAUCUAGGCUAGCACUGAUUACUAUUGAUAGUGAUUUUGUUCAAUAUGUUGCUAUGUACUGUUCUCUCUCUCUCUCUCUCUCUCUCUCUCUCUCUCUCUCUCUCUCUCUCUCUCUCUCUCUCUCUCUCUCUCUCUCUCUCUCUCUCUCUCUCUCUCUCUCUCAUUUAUAUAUAUAUAUAUAUAUAUAUAAUGCCUUACACAGAGAGCUGUGGAAAGGCCUAGAAACUACUGUUCCCUCACACACUUUUACAGAACUAGGCCUCUGUCAUAGCGAGUAGGGAUCCAGGCACAGUUCCUCCACGGUUGGAUGUACCUCAACAAUACUAUGGCAAUGAUAUGUCUCAAAGACCAGUGUUUCUCAAGCGUUCCGUGUGAGUGUUCUUCAUAAUAGUGAAACAUCUCAGUUCCUCGUGUAAUCCUGUUACCUGGAGGACUUGCAACACGACCAGUAGAACGCCUGAUCGAGGAAAGGGCAUUGACAUCAGUUGUAUUAUCCGGUCUCUCAAUCCAUGUGUCUGACGAGAUCACAUUGACAUAUCAUUACUACUGUCUAACAACCUGAGAGACUACUGAUUUCUUAUCUACAUAGACAUCAGCUUGUUAUUGCAUUUGUCUGUACAAACACACUGUGAGUGGGACCAGUUAUCUUUUUUCAUAAUGUCUUACAGUAGUAGGUCUAUGACUGGAAAAGACUGGGACCUCUUAACUCUUACAUUAGUCCUGACCUGCAUGUUUGUGGCUGUUGUCCCCCCCCCGAGGGAGAUUUUUCAUUGGAGUGAUACAGUAUGCCACUAUUCCUGAAAAAUGACUGAAGCUACAUGGAUUUUGAACUGGAGAGUUUUGCUGUGAAAAACAAGUUUAUUUUCGAUUCCAGCGUCUGCUCUUGGAUGUUGUGAACUGAAGAGACGGAUAAAGCUCACUAAAGAAGGGCAGCUGUGAACGGUGGGACCCGCUGUCCUCUCAUCAAUACCACAGACCGCUGUUAUCAGAACUGUAAUUCUCAUUACAUUGAAGAGUUUGGUUAAUUGAGAAUAUGCUUAACAAAAUGUUCACACUUCUAUGGUAAGGUUUUCUUCUCAAACGGAAGACUAUUCAGACGAGGAAAGGAAACAUUUCGAAACUAACGGAAGCGCAAGCUUUUUUUCCAACAGACAUAUGAGGACUGGUUCCUGAUUGCUGAGAGACAAAACAAAAGAGGAGUUUUCCUCCACCAUUAUAAGACUCGUUUAAAAUAUAAUUUGCAGUGCUCUUCUAUUAGCCAGGCAUCUUGUGUUGGUGUUCCUCUGCGUACAGUGGUCGGUGUUUUUGCUUGCCAGUCUCCUGUCCUCCCAACAGAUCUCUGACCGCCUCGCAAUGUUCUCCUCUGCUGAACCCUAUGGAUAUAGUCACAGACUGUAACAUCACAUUACAUCCCGUAUCUGGAGGCUGUGUACAUUAAUUAGUAUGUAUUUCCUCUGAAGAGGGGUAGAAUACAUGUAUUCUAGUGUACAAUUAUGCAUGUUACAACAGCCAAGAGAACUGCAAAAUGGACAUCCUAAUGCACCAGCAUUUCAUUGUCACAAAGAUGUGUUUUGGCGUAAAGAACUAUUUUGGAGAGAAAAAAUGAAACUGCAGGAGUUGUUUCACAAUGGGUAAAUUGAAGAAAUGCUGUAGUGACACAGGUUCAUUUGUACCAUUUUUACCUUUUCAGCAAGAGCAUCCUACUUUCCUGUGGACUCCUAAAGCAUGGUGCCCCUUCAAACGUAGAGUGAAAUAUUGUUGUACAUUGUUGCUACCGACGCUUCUCUUGGCGCCUCUUCGUUCUGCGUUGUAAUCAAUAUGAGAGGUGUGGUUCUUUCUUCAGACUGUGCCAAUAACCAAACGCAACACCUUACCUUUACUAUGAUCUUUUUAAAUGUCUCACUUAGGCCUGUUUGUACAGUUCAUAGCACUGUGGUUGCCUGAGCAACCAAAUGAGGAAAAUGAGCCCUACAUUUUGAACUGAAAAUGUCUUGUUCUUUUAUUCUCUGUGUGAAAGACCAUUUAUGAUAGUAAUGAUGCAUUUUUACUGUUUUUAGAGUAGUCAUAUUCUCUUUGUUAAUAUUGUAAUGCUAGACUAAUAUACAGGCUUUAAAGGGAUACUUCAGGAUUUUGGCUAUUAAGCCCUUUACUUCCCCAGAGUCAGAUGCACUAAUAGACCACCGUCUCUGCAUCCAGUAUGAGGUAGAUCUGCGAGCCAAUGCUAACUAGCGAUAGCUGAAUGAGUGGAAGUGUAUGGUAUCUACUAGCAAAUGCGCUAACACUAGUUAGAAACUUCCUUCAAACUGCAUGCAGAGACAUAAAAAUGCUAUCCACAAGUUCAUCUGACUCUGGGGAAGUAGAUAAAGGGCAUUAAUUACCAAAAUCCUGAAGUAUCCCUUUAAAACAUGUUUGCUAAAUGAGCUGGUGAAACUAACAUUUUCUUUGUCAUUGUGAUAUCUCUUUUUGCUUCAUAAAAACAAAAAAGUAAUUUACCAUUGAUUCUUUUUAGUGUUCAUUGCAUAUAUUACGAUAUGUUGCAAGCAGAAAAUGUUUUUCUUUUAUGUGAAUACGAUAUAAUUUGUCUUUCAUUGCUUUGUUUUGAUAACAUUUCCCUGUAGAUUUACUCAUUGUUUUUAUAUUAUUUUAAAGCAAUUACUAAAAUAUUGUACAUGUUAAACCUGUGGUUUUAUUGAGCUUGAACUCGGUGUUUUGAGAUUAAACCAACCUUACCUGUAGAA